AUGUCUUCUUCUGGCAAUCCCAAGACCCUCGGGAACACAACCAGUGAGGCUGGGGACAAGUCUGGGGCCUCAGCCUCAGGCAAUAAGACCCCUCGAAAACGUCGGGUUUUCUGUACAUACUGCAAAAAGGCCAAUCAUACCGAGGAUGUCUGUCGCAACAAGCCUAGCACCUACUUCACUGUGGUGUCCGGCGGUUCCAAGGAGUUCCCACCGGGAACAACUGUCUGUGUGAGUGAUGGUGGCGUUGCUCGAGCCGUUCCCGUGAAGGAGAAGAAAAAGAAGAAGGAGAAGAAGAAGGAGAAGAAGAAGGAGAAGAAGAAGGAGAAGAGGAACAGGAGGAAGGAGAAGAAUGAGGAGGAGGAGGAAGACGAGAAGAAAGAGGAAAAGGAAGAGGCAGAUGAUGAGUUUGCGGCCCUCAUAAGGGCCAUGGAGGAAUUUCAUUUAAAUGAAUAG